GUCUCGAGCUCGGGUACGGCGGGAGGAGGGGUCACGUGGGAGAAGGGUGGCGGGAAGCGAGCUGUCAAUCACCCAGGUAUCUGUCUCACUGUCGCAAACCCUUCAUUCACCAGCAGCCCGGCUCCUCACCGGUCCGCCCAGCUCCCGGCGCAGGGGACACUGACCCAUUCACGUAGCCUUGAUCGCGGCGUCAGGUCUGGUCGUGCCAAAGUGCUUCAUAGCCUGUGAACAAGAGCAUUGUUUCCUCUUGGCUGAGACUCGCCAGCUGUUGAACAGCCGUCGACGUGGAAAAUGGUCACUACGAAGCUGUUGACUCUUGUGAUGGUGGUAAAGCAGCAGCAGAUCCUACUAGGAAUGAAGAAGCGGGGAUUUGGAGCCGGACGGUGGAAUGGGUUUGGAGGAAAAGUGCAGCCUGGAGAAACCAUUGAGGAAGGAGCAAAGAGGGAAUUAUUUGAAGAGAGUGGUCUGACUGUACAGAGCUUGGAAAAAAUCGGACAGAUCCACUUUGAAUUUGUCGGUGAGACUGAACUCCUGGAUGUUCACAUAUUCCGUACGGACAGUUACCAAGGGGAACCAGUAGAAUCGGAAGAGAUGCGCCCACAGUGGUUUGACCUGGCCAAGCUCCCAUUCACUGAGAUGUGGCCCGAUGACAUCUACUGGUUCCCCCUGAUGCUUCAGAAAAAGAUGUUCAAAGGCUAUUUCAAAUUUGAAGGAUACAACAACAUUCUAGACUACACACUUAAGGAAGUAGAUGACUUGGCAGCUGAUAAGGGAAUAUGAUUCUUCCACUCAAAGAUACACAAAUGGAGAGUGGGUGUGGUUAACUUAUGGUGAAACAUAGUAUUGCAAAACUGCUACCAGCAAUUAUUAUUUUUCAGUAGUUUUCAUUUCUCUUAAUGGGAGAGUUGAAUCCUAGCAUUUUUUAAAAAAAUUCUUUCUUCAGGGUUUUAAUAGAUGACACAGCUUUCAAAUCUGUUUGGAGACUCUGAAAGUUCGUCCUCCCAUCUUCAAACAUCACACUCCCAUCAUUGUUUCCACAAAAUAUUCAUCCUUUCUGGGGCUAAUUAAGGAACAUAGCUGUUGCCCCUUUGGAGGAUCUUUGACUUCAGUUAAACAGCUUAUCUUUUGACAUCAGUUAGGCAAUUCCACAUCCAACUCCCCAAUAAUUUUCCAUCCAAGCUGUUUACAGUGGUGACAUUUAAUUCCUUGAAUUAAGAUAAUUUUCAACCAUAAUUUAUCCUAGGUUUAUGCUUUGUUCUUGAUGCUUCAGUUCAACAAAUUGUGUAAUCAGGUUGGGGUUGGUACAUGCAUCUCUACAUCUGAUUUUCUGAUAUUCCUUUCAACCAAAUGAUCUGUUGCACCUCAUGGACAGACCCAAGAAAGUCCCUUACCCUCAACAUCCUCCAGUUACAAACUACAAGCUUGUUGGAUAAUUGGUUGUUGGAUAUUGUAUAUUGCCAUACUACAGCUGUUUUCUAGUUGUUUCCUCUUGGCUGAGACUUGCCAGCUCUUAAACAGCCAUCGACGUGGAAAAUGGUCACUACGAAGCUGGUGACUCUUGUGAUAGAAGAACAUUGUCAUAAUUAAAAACUUACACUUUGUACUAUAUAA